UUCAAUAUGGCAAAUGAAGACAAUCGAAAUGGAUCAAUUAAGAAUAGCGACCGUCUUAAAAAACAGGAAAGGGGGCAACAGGCACGUCUCACGAAACCAAUAUUUUACGAUGAGCCGGAGAAGGCUGAUGUAGGAGUUCAGGCGGGUGAUUCCAUGGAUGAGGUUAAAGUGAGAUAUAUGGAGCCGAACAAGGAUGAUAGCUCUUACGACUCUUUUUGGAAAAAGACGAUAUCGGGUACCUCAUUACCGCGACGGAAAUGGGAGACUGAAGAUUAUAUAGAUUUCGAUGACCUCCUGCCGUUGAUCGGCGAGUUCGGCCGAUUUCAGGUGAUGCUGUUCCUGUUCAUGAUCCCCUUCUGCUUCAUCACCGCCUUCGUGUAUCUGGGCCAGAUCUUUAUGUCCCUGACGCCCCACAAGUACUACUGCUAUGUGCCGGAACUGAUGAUUAUCAGGAGUGUGGAACUGCGCAAGCAGUUGUCGAUCCCGCGUGAAAAAGAUGGAUCCUACAGUCGCUGUCGAAUGUACGACACCAACUACACCAAGAUCCACUUUGCGGAGGACCAGAGAAAGUAUAUCAACACUUCGCUGCCCACGAUUCCCUGCAAGCGAGGAUAUGUCUUCGAGCCGGAGGGAAAGCCCUACGUCUCGGCCACCAUGGAAUUCGGCUGGUUGUGCGAUGACGACAAGUAUGCCACGUACGCCCAGAUGAUUUUCUUCGUGGGUUCCAUUCUGGGAGGUCUGGGUUAUGGCCACUUUGCGGAUCACUGUGGAAGGGUGGCGGCACUGGUCAGCAGCUGCUUCCUCGCCUUCCUGGGCAGCCUGGCCACCUCGUUGUCCUACAACUUUUUCUCCUUUGCAAUGUCGCGGUUUCUGGUCGGGGCCUCUUAUGAUACCUGCUUUACAAUGAUAUAUAUCUUGGUUCUGGAAUAUGUGGGUCCCAAGUACCGCACCCUGGUGGCCAACCUGUCACUGGCCCUGUUCUACUCCCCCUCCACGAUGCUGAUGCCCUGGAUCGCCCUGUCGGCCGGAGAUUGGAGGAGGUUCUCCGCAUUCACAGCCUUACCCAUUUUGCUGGCCAUGUUGUCCUUCUGUGUGCUGCCCGAAUCUGCUCGCUGGCUGGUGUCGGUGGGUGACAUCGAACGGGCCAUGGUGAUUUUGAAACGGGUGAUACGUAUCAACAAGAAGUAUGUGGCCCCGGAAGUACUCGAACUCUUCGAGUCGAGCUGCACGCAAUUCUACAAGGAGGAGCUCUACGGACGGGACUUUACUGUGUUCUCGAUCUUCAAGCGCCGGCGGAUGGCCCGUUAUAUGAUCAUGCUGAUCCUCAUCUGGAUGAUGAUGUCCCUGGUCUACGACGGUCAUGUUCGGGCGGCCAGUGUCCUGGACACGGAGAACAUCUUUGUGUUCUUCACCAUCGCUUGCGCCACAGAGCUGCCGGGUAAUAUCCUGGUGAUCCUUACUCUGGAUCGGUGUGGUCGUCGCUGGUGCUCCUUUCUCUACACCUCAUUGAGUGGGGUAUUCACCUUGAUGGGCGCCUGGCUAACUAAUCCGAUGCUUAUGAGGACGUCUGCCCUAGCUGGAAGAUUCUUUGCAAACACCUGCUAUAAUAUUGGACUGCAGUGGGCUGCGGAGAUACUGCCCACAGUGGUGAGGGCCCAAGGAGUGGCCUUCAUCCACACGAUGGGUUUCGUGGCGAUGAUGUUGUCCCCACCAGUGGUGUACCUCUCCGAAGUGUCCUUCUCCCUCAUGUUAAUCGUUUUGGGAGCCAUGGCAAUCUUGGGCGGACUGCUGGCCCUGCUUCUGCCGGAAACCUUGAACCACGAACUCCCGCAAACCCUUAGCGAUGGAGCUGAAUUUGGAAGGAAUCAAAGGAUUUGGCAUAUGCCCUGCUGUGGCCCGGGAUCUAGGAGAUCCCACGGCAGACACGCCUGGCGGCGGGGCUCCAGCUUAAGGACAUUAUCGCGAGAAGAGUUCCGCUCCAGCAGGAUGUUUCGAAAAACAGCAUAUGUCCACCGGGAGACGAGCCCGACAUCCAGUGAAAAUAAGAAUUCCGAGGAGAGGGAAAUCCGAACAUAUAAAUAUAAUGGCUAG